AUGAACCAGUUAUCCCCCUCUACCUUCUACAGUAUGAACCAGUUAUCCCCCUCUACCUUCUACAGUAUGAACCAGUUAUCCCCCUCUACCUUCUACAGUAUGAACCAGUUAUCCCCCUCUACCUUCUACAGUAUGAACCAGUUAUCCCCCUCUACCUUCUACAGUAUGAACCAGUUAUCCCCCUCUACCUUCUACAGUAUGAACCAGUUAAUCCCCCUCUACCUUCUACAGUAUGAACCAGUUAUCCCCCUCUACCUUCUACAGUAUGAACCAGUUAUCCCCCUCUACCUUCUACAGUAUGAACCAGUUAUCCCCCUCUACCUUCUACAGUAUGAACCAGUUAUCCCCCUCUACCUUCUACAGUAUGAACCAGUUAUCCCCCUCUACCUUCUACAGUAUGAACCAGUUAUCCCCCUCUACCUUCUACAGUAUGAACCAGUUAUCCCCCUCUACCUUCUACAGUAUGAACCAGUUAUCCCCCUCUACUUUCUACAGUAUGAACCAGUUAUCCCCCUCUACCUUCUACAGUAUGAACCAGUUAUCCCCCUUUACCUUCUACAGUAUGAACCAGUUAUCCCCCCUACCUUCUACAGUAUGAACCAGUUAUCCCCCUCUACCUUCUACAGUAUGAACCAGUUAUCCCCCUCUACCUUCUACAGUAUGAACCAGUUAUCCCCCUCUACCUUCUACAGUAUGAACCAGUUAUCCCCCUCUACCUUCUACAGUAUGAACCAGUUAUCCCCCUCUACCUUCUACAGUAUGAACCACAGUUAUCCCCCUCUACCUUCUACAGUAUGAACCAGUUAUCCCCCUCUACCUUCUACAGUAUGAACCAGUUAUCCCCCUCUACCUUCUACAGUAUGAACCACAGUUAUCCCCCUCUACCUUCUACAGUAUGAACCACAGUUAUCCCUCUCUACCUUCUACAGUAUGAACCAGUUAUCCCCCUCUACCUUCUACAGUAUGAACCAGUUAUCCCCCUCUACCUUCUACAGUAUGAACCAGUUAUCCCCCUCUACCUUCUACAGUAUGAACCAGUUAUCCCCCUCUACCUUCUACAGUAUGAACCAGUUAUCCCCCUCUACCUUCUACAGUAUGAACCAGUUAUCCCCCUCUACCUUGUACAGUAUGAACCAGUUAUCCCCCUCUACCUUCUACAGUAUGAACCAGUUAUCCCCCUCUACCUUGUACAGUAUGAACCAGUUAUCCCCCUCUACCUUCUACAGUAUGAACCAGUUAUCCCCCUCUACCUUGUACAGUAUGAACCAGUUAUCCCCCUCUACCUUCUACAGUAUGAACCAGUUAUCCCCCUCUACCUUGUACAGUAUGAACCAGUUAUCCCCCUCUACCUUCUACAGUAUGAACCAGUUAUCCCCCUCUACCUUCUACAGUAUGAACCAGUUAUCCCCCUCUACCUUCUACAGUAUGAACCAGUUAUCCCCCUCUACCUUCUACAGUAUGAACCAGUUAUCCCCCUCUACCUUCUACAGUAUGAACCAGUUAUCCCCCUCUACCUUCUAUGUUCCAUGGGUCUGGAAGGUCUGAUUGGCCUCAGCCUUAACCUCUCUCAGGAACCACCUGGAGUAGCCCCUGGGUCUGAUUGGCCUCAGCCUUAA